AAAGUGCCAAUAACCAAAUUAUAAUAAGUCAAAAAAAAAAAAGGUAACAUUUUAUUUAGCUCCUAUUAAGAAUAAGAACUUUCCAGUUUCGGCAACCCUGCCUCUGCCUACACGGUGACGGCAAACACUUCUCCGUCCAUCCUUUUCGCAAAGCUGAGCCUAUGGCCUAGUUAGGCAUCCAGAAAUUUACCCCUCUCCCCAACACGCAAACAAACAGUAAAUAGUAACAUUUUUUUUUUGCUGUAGCAAAGCAGUAAUUAAUUUCAUCGGGAAAGAUAAAAAGUGGAACAACAGAACAGAGCAUUGACCGCUGGGUCGGUCAAUGGACCGACUUGGACUUCCAGCCAGCCAGCAAAACAAAACAGCCUCCAAAUCAGAAACCGAACAUCGGUUGCUGUAAUUGGACCGCUGACCACCCACAGCAAAGCCCAAUCCGGCGGCGGCAUCGGUAAAGAUUUUCCGGUGAUUUGGGUUUUUUUUUAUUUUUUUUGGUUGGAUUUAAGCUUCCGAGGUAACAGAGUAAUAACAAUAGUGCUCUGUUUGGUCCGUGUGGAGUCGCUGUCAGCGCAUCUGAAAAAGAUUGUGGGAUUCUCUAUCUCCUCCGGUGAUUUGAAAGCUCCAUGAAAUUGGAUCGGCUCAAAUCCAUCUUUCGAACCGGAUCGGAAGAUGACGAAAGAUCUUCUGGGUUUGUGGGAAGAAAAGAUUUACAACUCCAAAUAAAUCUGUGAGAUCCUCAUUAUGGCCAUUUUUUUUUGUUUUAAAGAUAAUUAUUGCUAAUUAGGAUUGUGUAUCGUGAAGGGAGAGUUUUAUAAGAGAACCAUCCGUAUGAAAUGGCUGAAAAAAGUGUCGAUUGGUUUUGGUGAUUGUUUGGUUGAGAUAAUUACAAUUCAUGCAAUGUCCAUAAUGCACCUUUUUUUUAAUUUUCUACACAAACAAUACAUGCAUUGUUUGCUUGGUUUGACACAAACUAUCACUCGAAAUGAGUGAUAGUUAAAUCUCAAGUUUUUGUUGAGAUUGUUGUGCUUUAUUUUCUUCCAAUUAUGUCCCUACCUUUUUAUGUAUGUUGCUUUUUAUAUUAAAAACAAAGGGUAAAAGUGACAUUUUAUCCAAAAAGUAAUAAAACUUAUUUAAAUAACACAAUAACUAUCACAAAAACCAAACGAUUCAAACUACGAUACACCAAUUUUCGUAUAUACAUGUAUAUUAUUAUGCAUGCAUUGAUGAUAAUGCAUCUAUUUAACUAUCAUCAAAACCAAACGACCCGAAGAUUUAGUUUCAUAUAAGCAGAUUUUAGAUUUGCUUGAGAUACGAAAUCUCAAUGAAUGGAGUUUCUAGUGAGAAAACGAGAUUGUAGAGAAAUUGUGAAAUCUGGUACCCAUUAGAUUUUUUAUUGAGUAUAGUUGUAUAGAUAUCGAGAUAUCCAUCCCAAACUUGUCAGAGGCCACUCCUAUCGUUUGGAGAGUUGGAGUCUAAAAAAUCUAUAAAUUAUAAAAUAAUGCAAAUAUUCUAACUCUCCGGAUUGUACAAAAUAUUUUUUAAUUCAAAAAUUUUGGUAAUUGUAAUCGCUAUAUUCAAUAAAAAAUUAAUUUAAAUAUUUUAUCGAAUGACAUAUAUAACCUAAAGACUAAAAAAAAUGGAUUCAUAAGUUUGUUGACAAUUUAGUGGUAAGAGUACUUAGUGAAAUAAAUAAAUAAUGAGACAAUGUAAGAGAAAUUUUUUUCACAAAUCAAUAUAUGAAAUCUCCUUGUUACGAGAAAUUGGUAUCACUAGAAUUUAGAGAUAUGAAAUAUCUGAAGUUAAACUUUACGAUACAAAAAGCAACAAAAAAAAUACAACUUUAUGUUUAUCUUUGAAUUCAAUGAAUCUAUAUUCCAAAUCUUUUCCCCAAAUGAGCCGGAAUGGGUUAGGGUGGUUACUUGUAUUUUAAUAAUUACGGUGGCAACCUCUUUAUAUACCAUUUGAUUUCCGAUUUUCCCUUAUUUUUUAAUCUUAUGGUCAAAAUUCUUUUAGGAUAGUUUUGGGAAUGAAAAAGUGACUACACCCAAUUAUUCUAUAUAAUCUACUCAAACCCUAGUUCUACCCUCCCUCCAGCCAAACCUGCCGCAGCCGCCUCCACCACUCUCGGCGCACUACUCCCGUCGGCCGCCUGCACCAGCCCUGACGAUGAUGACUCCGUGCAGGCGACGACGACUGCUGGCGCUGUUGUUGUUCCCUACUCCGACUCCGCCGCCUCCUCCUUUCCCACUCAUCUUCCUUCCUCACCCUCCCCUCUGCGUCACCGCCACCCAAUCAGAUCUGAGUACAGACAACGCCGAUGACUGGACUUCUUCUUAUUCUCUUCUUUCUCAACUUUUUCCCCGGUGACUUUCGCUUCCUCAUAUUCUAUUUAUGGUUGUUCUAGUCCCUCAACGUUUACGAUGGACGCUACUUUGUGUAAUGGUAGUCCUGCAAUGGUAUUGAUUCAAUGUGCAGUGGUAUUGGUUACUACGUUAUGAUAACAACAUGGUAUUCAUUCAUCUUCGUUUGGUAGUGACACUUUAGAUUGGUAUUGGUUCAUUACACGGGUAUUAGUAUUAGCAAAUCUAGUAUGGCAGUCCUUCAAAGUCUAAUGGUAUUGGUUCAAACCUCAAUGUUCAUAAUUCUCUUCAUAUAUGCAAUGAUAUAGAUUGUUUAUAUUGAUAGUUUUCGUGUAAUGAUAUAGAUUUAUUUCUGCAAUGGUAUUGAUUACUACUAGUAAUCACCGUAACCGCUCCCCAAAUGAGCACUUGGUAGUUUGUUGUACAAGUAUUCAUUACUAGGGCAUAACAUUGCAUAUGUACAUUUUUUUUUGUCGAAAUUAGACUUUGUCGAAGGGACUUAAUAAAAUAUAUGAUGAUUACCAGGGAAAUCUUGUACCCCAUCGAACAAUUUUUUGACAUGGAUUACAAAAUUCUUGCAUAAAAAAUAAAAAGAAUAAAUAACCCACAAACAACACCCUAAGCCCAACACAAAGUGCAACCAAACCUUAUUGCUUGUUCACUUCACUUCUCAUUUUGUUUUAUAUUGUGAAAAUGAUAAUAAAGAAAUAAAUGAUAUACUUUACUAAAUCGGCACGAACUGAUUAUAUCCCAAUUAAACAAUACCACUUGUUAAACCGGCACAAUGAUAUAAACUGAUUUGACAAUCCCGAUGUAUACAUAUUUUAGUUCUAAUUGACACAUAUUGUCAAGAUAAUUAUUGCUAAUUAGGAUUGCUAAUUAGGAUUGUGUAUCGUGAACGGAGAGUUUUAUAACAGAAACAUCCGUAUGAAAUGGCUGAAACGAAGUUUCGUUUUGGUUUUGGUGAUUGUUUGGUUGAGAUAAUUACAAUUCAUGCAUUGUCCAUAAUGUAUCAUUUUUUUGAAUUUUCUCCACAAAAAAUACAUGCAUUGUUUGCUUGGUUUGACGCAAAUUAUCACUCAAAAUGAGUGAUAGUUAAAUCUCAAGUUUUUGUUGAGAUUGUUGUGCUUUAUUUUCUUCCAAUUAUGUCCCUACCUUUUUAUGUGUGUUGCUUUUUUUAUAUUAAAAACAAAGGGUAAAAGUGACAUUUCAUCCAAAAAGUAAUAAAACUUAUUUAAAUAACACAAUAACUAUCACAAAAACCAAACGGUGCAAACUACGAUACACCAAUUUUCGUAUAUACAUGUAUAUUAUUAUGCAUGCAUUGAUGAUAAUGCAUCUAUUUAACCAUCAUCAAAACCAAACGACCUGAAGAUUUAGUUUCAUAUAAGCAGGUUUUAGAUUUGCUUGAGAUACGGAAUCUCAAUGAAUGGAGUUUCUAGUGAGAAAACGAGAUUGUAGAGAAAUUGUGAUAUCUGGUACCCAUUUCCUAGGAUUGGGAAGACGGCCCGGGUAUAGUUGUAUAGAUAUCGAGAUAUCCAUCCCAAACUUGUCAGAGGCAACUCCUAUCGUUUGGAGAGUGGAGUCUAAAAAAUCUAUAAAUUAUAAAAUAAUGCAAAUAUUCUAACUCUCCAGAUUGUAAAAAAUAUUUUUUAAUUCAAAAAAUUUGGUAAUUGUAAUCGUUAUAUUCAAUAAAAAUUAAUUUAAAUUUUUUAUCGAAUGACAUAUAUAACCUAAAGACUAAAAAAAAUUGAUUCAUAAGUUUGUUAACAAUUUAGUGGUAAGAGUAUUUAGUGAAAUAAAUAAAUAAAUAAAUAAAGAGAUAAUGUAAGAGAAAUUUUUUUCACAAAUCAAUAUAUGAAAUCUCUCUGGUUACGAGAAAUUGGUAUCGCUAGAAUUUAGAGAUAUGAAAUAUCUGAAGUUAAACUUUACGAUACAAAAAGCAACAAAAAAAUACAACUUUAUGUUUAUCUUUGAAUUCAAUGAAUCUAUAUUCUUAAU